GGAAGUUUUAUAACAGCGUAGUUAUGAAGACGGUCGCGACAUGAGCUGAUGUUACUCUCCAUAUAAUACUUCAGCCCUCCAGCUUACAACUACCACAACAAAAUGGUCAAAUUCGGACUCACCAAAGUGGACGAUGCGCUGGCAGCCAAACACCCGGGUUUACAGAGUUAUGCUGCUUGUCAGUCUCAUGCUUUCAUGAAAGGGACUGCGACCUUUAUACUCGGCGCCGGGGGUCUAUUUGCUCUUCAGAAAGUUCUCCAGAGGAAGCUCCCUUAUCCCCUUCAAUGGAACCUACUGAUUUCAAUAGUGGCGUCAUCGGUGGGAAGUUAUGCGGUGACCCGCUGGGAAACGCAGAAAUGCUCCGACCUUUGGAUUUUGCUGGAAACGGGCAGCGUCCCGGACCGAUCGCCGCCACCGACACAGGUGUCCCAACCACAGGUGUCCGAAGGAACUGAGAAGACAAAAUAUGGCGACGUGAUGGAGUGAACAAACUUGUGUAUCUACUGUAUAAUGCUACCGUGUUGUGAGAAAAUGCCAUAGAUAUUUAGAUGCAAUGACUCAGUGCUGCGUGUGACCUGGUACAUUCUGUAUCCAAUUGCAUCCAAGUGGGCUUUUUUCACCUCCAUUUCUGCAAUACACGGCAUGAAUGAAAGUCUGUUUAUUCUGAAUUUGAGGAGCUUUUGAAUUUCAUAACGGCAUUACUGUGUGGAUAAACCGACGAGUUUCCCAAACGAGAGGUCAGGAAUUAGUUUCGGUAAGUAGGAAGAAUCCAACUUUAAGCCCGUGAUCCGGUAUUAUUAUUGAGAUGUGUUUGUUUGACAUGCAACCGAAUUAUCGCCGCUCCACCACAAGCAGCCACUUGUGGUCUCUGCAUACCUCAUCGGGUCUGCAGAGCGCUGAUGUGGUUACAGGUGGAGCAACCGAAACAUAAAAUAAGCUACAAAGUCGCUGUAAUCAUGUUUUCCAUCAUUAUUUUAAACAGAUAAACAUUUAGCAAUUUUCUUUUGAUCUUUUAAAAUGGUUAAGAUGCUUAGCCGUGUAAUCCACAUUAUGUAAUUCAUAUUUCUUGCCUCGAGACUCGGCAUGUUCAUUCCUAGGUCUUCAGUGCAGUGAAACCCUGCAAUAUAUAUAUUAGGAUCAAAUAAAGUAUUUGCUGUUGUUAUAAUGAAA